UUAAAGCGCAGCCGCGAAGUCAGUUGAUUCAGAAGCUUAGAUGGUUAUUCUGUGAUGUAUAUUUCAUUGAAACAUCCUGAUUCAUAGCGAAGGUUGUAAGAAAAACAGCUGUUUAAGAGGGAAUGAUGUAGACCUAUGCCUGUACACAUAGAACAGAUAUUAAACUUGAAGGAUCGGCACAUCAUGGGAACGUUAAAAACACAGAUGUUAUGGGACAGUAUACGAAGGGGAGAUCUGUCUGCUUCGGUUACACUCCUGGAAAAUGGCAACAUUAACUUGGAGGAGCGAGACGAGAAUGGACAGACCUUUUUAAUGUUAGCCUGCGAACUAGGAGAGAUAAAUAUAGUCCGUGAAUUACUAGAUGCCGAUGUAGAUCCAAAUGCUGUAGAUAGUGAGAAAUGGUGUGCCCUUCUGUGUGCUGCCAAGGAAGGUCACCUUGAAGUAGUGAUAGAAUUAUUAGAGAGAGGAGCAGACAUUGAACAUAGAGAUAUGAGUGGCUGGACUCCACUGAUGUGGGCCUGUUAUAAAGGAAAGAACCUUGUUGUGCAGGAACUGAUUGAAAGGGGAGCUAACUUCAAUGUCAAGGCAGAGUUUGGCAUGUCAUGUUUGGCUUGGGCUGCUGGCAGAGGGCAUAAUGAAGUUGGCAAGUACCUGAUACAGAAAGGGGCAAAGGUCAAUGCUUCUGAUAAGUAUGGUACGACACCUUUGAUAUGGGCCUGUAGGAGAGGAAACCUAGAGAUGGUAGAAAGUCUAUUGGAGGCUGGGGCUAGUGUAGAUGUUGUUGGAAUGAAUUCUUGGACAGCGUUACUUGUAGCUACGAAAGGUGGAUUUACAGAAAUAGUACAGAGUCUGUUAGAACAUGAUCCUAAUGUUAAUGCUCUCGACAAGGAUGGAUUCACUGCCCUUUGUAUUGCUGCAAAAGAAGGUUUUGCUGACAUAGCACAUGAAUUGUUGUCCAAAGGAGCUUAUGUCAACAUAGCUGAUAAGGCUUCUGAUACCAUACUGAUUCACGCAGUGAAAGGUGGACAUCUAGAACUGGUCAGAGCUCUCAUUAAUAAAUAUGCUGAUGUUGAUGUAGAGGGCGCUGAUGGUAAAACAGCAUUAUACUGGGCAGUAGAGAAAGGACAUACAGCUAUUGUGUAUUUACUGUUAGAUUGUGAUCCUGACCUAGAGAUUUGUACAAAGGAUGGUGAUACAGUGUUACUAAGAGCUGUUAGGUCGAGGAAUGAAGAUGUACUCAGAAUGUUACUUGAUAAAAAGGCCAAAAUAUCGGUGGUUGACAAAAAAGGAGAUACUGCAUUGCAUAUAGCUAUCAGAGGAAGGAGUAAAAAGAUUACAGAAUUACUACUUAGAAAUCCAAGGAAUAGUCGUCUGCUAUACAGACCUAAUAAAGCCGGAGAGACUCCGUAUCAAAUAGAUGCUUACCAUCAAAAGGGAAUUCUGUCACAAAUCUAUGGACAUCGAAAUUUGAAUGCAGCUGAUGGUGAAAAUCUCCUUGGUUACGAUAUAUACAGCAGUGCAUUGGCUGAUAUUCUGAGUGACCCCUCCCUCAACACGCCAAUCACAGUAGGAUUAUAUGCCAAAUGGGGGAGUGGCAAAUCUUUCUUGUUAGGAAAACUACAGAAGGAGAUGAAAUCUUUCACUAUAGCCAGUGAGGAUGAACAUUUUACAUUUUGCUGGCCUCUGUUCUUUUUCUUGUUACUGAUUAACAAUGUUAUAGGUCUGACUUUAGCAUUGGCAGUUCAAUGGCAGAUUGGACUAGGUGUAGGUCUUGGUCUAUUUGCUCUGGAAUAUGGAUUUUUAGCUGCCAUCUUUGUACUUGUGCGGAAAAACAACUUUAGAAUAUCAAACAAUAUCAGCCUGGUGCUGGGUAAAGAAUUGAGAUCAUUAACGUUACUCAUCAAGGUGUUGUUCUGUAAUCCAAAGCCAUCCUCAGCCAAGAAAGUGGAUGUACCAACAGUCAAGUUUUUGUUCAGUGAGAGUACAAGAUUAACAAGUGUAGGUGGUGAAAAAGCCUUGGCAUCGAUGAUUGGGACCCUGGGUGAUAGUUUAGAACAAGAAUAUGGUACCCUUGUAGCACGGCUGUUUAGGGUGUUUAAAAAGGAAGCUGACACUACCAAUUCCUACACCGGAAGAUUCAAGACAUUUUGCUGUGUACCAUAUUUUGUGUAUUUGUAUAUAGUUCUAAUUUGUUUAGAAGUGGGCGUGGCCAUGUUAGUUACCUUCGCCAAAGAUGAUGAUGUCUAUUUUGAUCCAGUGCAUAAUGUGACAACCACUGACUUUGGAGUAAAAAUCAGUAGUAAUAUUCCUGUGUUUGUGACGUUGAUUGUAUUUUCCGUGAUUAUAGGUGGUGCUUUCUUCCUCAAUAUAUUUACAUGGGGUCAAGCUGUCAUUGCGGUUGUUUGGUCACAGAAGAGACGCGUUAUGAAUGCUGGGUCACAGCUAGAUAGGAUAAAAUUAGAUGGAUUGAUGCACAAAUUGAAACUUGAAGUUGACAUCAUGGCUAAAAUGGUGACAAGCAUGGAUGGAUUUACCGAAAAUCAGACUCGACUAGUUGUUGUUGUUGAUGGUUUAGACAGCUGCGAACAAGAUAAAGUAUUACAAGUUUUAGAUACGAUUAAGACUCUUUUUUCAGACGAAGACUCUCCAUUUAUCACCAUUUUAGCUGUAGAUCCACAAAUCAUUAUAAAAGGAAUUGAAAGCAAUAUAAAGACGUCAUUUGUAGAUACAAAUGUAAACGGGUUUGAUUAUUUACGGAAUGUUGUACAUCUGCCAUUCUAUUUACAAAGCCAGGGAAUGGCCAUACCUAAACAGACCAUGACGAAAGGCUUCUCACAGUAUGAUGUGUCUGAAACCAGGCCAAAGUCUGUACAGCAUCAGGAGUCUACUGUAUCUUCUACAACAGUGUAUGAGAUGAGAAAAAAGAGUCGGAGGAAACAAGGUCGGUCUGACAGUCUGUCUAUAGCAGGAACAUCCAACUUUGAUAUCACAGGAAACUUCUUCAGCAAGAAUGACUAUUUUAGUGAUGUUAACCCACGUAGUAUGAGGCGAUUGUUAAAUAUCGUGGCAGUUACAGGUCGUUUGUUGAGAGCAUACAAUAUAGAUUUUAGUUGGUAUCGGCUUGCAUCAUGGAUCAACAUUAUAGAACAAUGGCCAUACAGGACAUCAUGGAUUAUAUUGUAUUAUGAAGAGAAAGAAAUGAUGGAUAAUAAUUCUACAUUGUUUUCUAUUUAUCAGAAAAUUGCAGAUAAAUUACCAAUUUCAAAAGAAGUUGAACCUCUGCUUGAGAUAGAUAGAAAUCCACGAAAAUUAGAAGCUUUUUUAUCCAGUAAAUCUUCGUCAUCCAAAAGUCACAUGUUGACCAUCGCUGAUCUAAAGAAAUUCCUGCCGUGUACGAUCAAUCUGGAUCCAUACCUCAGGAAACUUAUCAGAGAAUUACAGAAGAGUACUGAUGUCUUCUUAUCUGAGUUCCCCAUGUUUACUCCUGCCCCUGGCAUGUCUACAUCCGUUCUAGGAGUACCACCAUCCAUUGCCACGGGAAUGAUUCCAGAUCAGUAUGCCACACCCAGACGAUUGAGUAACAUCAGAAAUCAAAGUGCCUCAAAUCUGUUACAGUCAGAUCGGCAGAUGCCACCUGCAAUGCCACAGUAUGGAAAUAUGCCGUAUUAUCCCCCACAUUUUUAUGGUAUGCCACCCUAUAUGCCACAGUUAUCAUCUAAUGCAAAACUGAUACCAGAAUCGACAGCAAAACAAGCCACUCCUGAUACUUUUAUAAAGGGUUACAACAAUGAAAGACUGAGUUUAAUGUCUGUACAGGAUGUUUGCAGUCUGUUAUCCAAACUUGAUGGUAUUAACAACACAUUUCUACUGAAAUACCAGGACUGUGUGAUGGACAACAACAUCAGUGGGCGUGUCCUAGUCAACUGUGACCUUAGUGAACUUGGACAAGUAUUAGAUAUGAAGUUUGGUGAUUGGCAGUUAUUUAAGGCAGCUGUCAAAUCGCUUAUUGAGAGAGAGAAUAAUCUCACCGCUAGAAAAAUGAAUCCUGUGAGAGAAGAAUCAGAAAUGAAUAGAAAUUCACAGAAUAGUUUUGGAUCAGGUUCAACGGUUGGUUCAAGUGCUUCUAACGGAACAAAUAAUAAAUUGGAAAAGUCACAAAAAGUGUUCAGGUCAACGAACUCUGAAGGUGGUUCAGGAUCCGUGAAAUAUAAACUCCCCAAAAAUGACAAUGCAGAUGACUUUGAGACGAUUACGGAACAUGAAGAGCUGGUGGCUCUCAAUAGGAGGAGUAAAAUGCCUCGUAACGAUAGUGUUAUACAGCAGAUGAGUUAUGAAUCUAGCCUCCUUCACGACGCCAUUCAUAGCUUCUCUCAAAUGGACGAAGAAGAUGAAGAGGAAGAGUCCGAUAGCGAUUUAGAAGAAAUUGAUGCAGAUGCAACUCCAUCUGGAAGUCUUUCAAGUGUUUUAGAAAGUGGAUCUGAAGUUAAGAAGAAGAAAACUCUUCCUGUUCAAUUCUCUUUGUCAUCAGAACAAGACAAUGACGUUUCACUUGAUUCAGCAAGAAUUUCUAUAACGGGCAGAGACACUGAACCAUUACUAGGGGCAACUGCUUUUCCACAGGUUGAAUCAGACAGCAAUUUAUACAGAGAAAGUCAUCAUGAAAGUUUAGAUGAGAUUAGACAGAUGCUAUCUCAGGAUUUAGGAAGGCAGAGCUCACCAAAUUUAUCAAGGACUAAAUUAAAGUCGGCACUGACUGACGUGAGGAAUGAAGACAUAACAAAAUCAACUGAUUCUGGCGGUUUCACCCUUGGUUUCUCUCCUGGUCUUGGUUCAGGUAAUCGGUCUCCUCAAUUUUCAGCCGGAUCAGGUUUGAACAACGAUAAAGUUGAACUUGUCAAUGAAGUCGGCCAUCAUCAUCAUAAGUUGACAAAGGAAAAUUCUAUUGAAGAAAGUAUACACGACUUUGUUAUAGACUCAGCACAGAAUAGGUCAGGUCAGAGGUCAUCUCCAAGCAGUGUGGAUGAUAUACAAAUGAUUAUGUUAGACCAUAGUAAAGACAAGGGACCAGAAGCUUUUGUAUAAUACAGGGAACCAGUUUGCUUAAAUUUGAUACUGUGGAUUCCUUAUUAUUCGUUGGAUACCAAUUUUCGUGGGGUUCGUGGGUACAGGUGAACCAUGAAUUCAAAUGUUAAACGAAUAACAUAUUUUCUACAGGCUUUGUACACAGAAAUCUGCAGACCAUAAAUUCAAAUAUCCACGAAAAUUGAUACCCUCGAAAAUAAAUGAAUCCACAAUAGUAGGAAUGGAAAUGCUAUAAAUUUUCAAACAUUUGAUUGAAUUACUAUGGAUUAACUCAUUUUCUUCUUGUACUAAUUUUCGUUGAUUGAGAACAAAUCCUAUAUUUCAAAACUAUGAAAUUCUAGAGUCUGUGUUAAGAACAUUAAUAAGUCAUGAUUACUUAUGCUGUAGUCAGUUUUGUUUGAGAUCAAUAUGAUUGAUAGUAUUUAUUCCAGAAUUUUGUUUUGUAAAUGUUGUAAAAAAAAAUUUCCUGCUUUAUUUUAAUAGAUAGGUUUUGAUAUGAUGUAAUAUGAGUUGAGUUACUUUCCUUGGGUGUCAUUUUGGAGAGGUGAAUGGUUGAUUUUCUUAUUUGACUAGAUCCGAUUGGUGAGAGCUUUAUAGCCAGUUAAGGUCGUUAAAAAUCCCAUUUUCUAUUUGACUAGAUUCUUCUGUGUGAGAGCUUAAUAGCUAAUGAAGGUUGUUAAAAAACCCAUUAAGGCAUGAUCUAUUUGACUGGUCUAGCCAUCAGAAUAACGUGUUUAAUUUGGCUAAUUUAUGGUCGGAAUUUGUGCACUUGAACAGACAGAACGGGUAUCAAACUAUAACAAAAGGGGAGUAACUCUUGCUCUUAUUGUGUCAAUGGAAACCUUAAUCUCCAGAAGACAUUCCUUUUUUAAAGUUUGUUAUUUCUAAAGCAUAUCAUAUAAAAUUAUUUAUUUUACCGUACAUUCAAUUAUUUGAUUUAAAAUGUAUCUGGUAUAAGGCAGCAUUCUAGUGUUAGACUUUUAAAAGAUAGCAACAUUAUUAAAACAAAUAAAGCCUAGAAAGAGGGUUGUAACAGGGGUACCAUCAUGACAAAUAACAGUAACAAAAAACUAUUAAUUUUAAAUCACAACUAUGAUAUUUUAUGAAUCACAAUUAUAACAUUUUCACCAAUUUGUAGUUGAAAAUGACUGUUUGUAGCCUGACAGCAAAAGUAUGGAUAACUUGAUUUCAUAGAAUACAACCAGCAAUUCAUAA